UGUGGUGUUGGGAGUGCUGCUUUCUGCCCAGUGAUGAGGAGGUGGAGAUACUGGGACCCUUCCCUGCUCAGACCCCCUCCUGGCUAGUGAACGAGUGUGUGGAUGAGAAGGACACUGAUACCGGGGUCACUCAUGUUGACUCCAUGGCAACACAGGACAGUAUUCCGACCCGGAGACGUUCCAGCUCAGAGAUGUCCCGAUCCACCUUCAGCCUGGUCCGACAACUCUCCAGUCUAGACGCCCGCAGGCCCAGCUCUCCACUGGUAGACGUGAAACCAAUUGAGUUCUGGGCCAUGGGCCCCAGGAAGGAGGUGAUCCAGCCGCUGCGUCGACCCCCUCCGGAUGACUACUUCAGGAAGUUGGAGCCACGCCUCUACUCUCUGGACUCAUCCGGAGACGACGUGGACUCGCUAACGGACGAGGAGAUUCUGCUACGAUACCAACUGGGCAUGCUCCACUUCAGCACACAGUAUGAUCUAAUCAACGGCCACCUGGGUGUUAGGGUCAUUGAGGCUCGCGACCUGCCCCCACCUCUGACCUGUGAUGGAGCCCGCCAGGACAUGGCCCACUCCAACCCAUACGUCAAGAUCAGCCUGCUGCCGGACCACAAGAACUCCCGGCAGACAGGGGUGAAGAGGAAGACACAGAACCCGGUGUUCGAGGAGCGGUUCACCUUUGACCUUCUGUUCCUGGAGGCCCAGCGCCGCACCCUGCUGCUGUCUGUGGUCGACUUCGACAAGUUCUCACGACACUGUGUCAUCGGCAAGGUGGCGCUGCCUCUGAGUGAUGUUGAUCUGGUGAAAGGUGGUCAUUGGUGGAAGGCCCUGGUACCUAGUUCUCAGAAUGAGGUAGAGCUGGGAGAGCUGCUGUUAUCACUCAACUACCUGCCCUCUGCUGGAAGACUCAACGUUGACAUCAUCAGAGCGAAGCAGCUGCUGCAGACAGACAUGUGCCAGGGAUCAGACCCGUUUGUGAAGGUUCAGCUGGUAACAGGGCUGAAGUUGGUAAAGACCAAGAAGACUUCCUGUAUGAAAGGAACCAUCGACCCCUUCUACAACGAGUCGUUCAGCUUCAGAGUCCCCCACGAAGACCUCAGCGAAGUCAGCCUGGUAUUUACAGUGUACGGCCACAACAUGAAGAGCAGUAAUGAUUUUGUGGGGAGGAUCGUGAUUGGCCAGUUCUCCACGGGUCCCCCUGAGACCUCCCACUGGCGCCACCUGUUGGCCAGUCAAAGAACUCCGGUUGAACAGUGGCACAGCCUGCGCUCACGGGCAGAGUGUGACCGCGUCUCCCCCGCCUCGCUGGAGGUCACAUGAUAGAGCUGGAGAGGGAUCAGGAGUUAGAGGUUAAGGGUCAGAGGUCAGGAGGAGAGGUAUAAGCUCAAAGUGUUGAGGUACACAGUAGGAAAGAGGAAGAGGAAAGGGGGUCAGGAUUUAGAGGUUAGAGGUCGGGGUUUGAUGUCAGGGAGGUGAGAAAAGGGGGUGAGAGGAUGAGAGAGAGAGAGACAGGGAGAGGGACACAGAGAGAGAAGAGAGAGGGACACAGAGAGAGAAGAGAGAGGGACACAUAGAGAGAAGAGAGAGGGAGAGAAGGAAGGAGAGACAGAGGUCAGGGUCAAGGCCACCAGCAGGGCCGGAUUAAGAAAUCAUAGGCAGGGGCUCAACAUUUUUAAUGAACCUAAUAGUAAAGACGUUAUUUAACUGUAAAAUAUAUAUAUUUGUCUCAGCCCCGGGCCCCAGGCCUACGGUUGGAGGUUCCAGUAAAAAAUAAUAAUAGAUGUAUACAUUUCUAUUUUUCUCUGCCUCAAGGGCCUCGGGGCUUCAGCCCCUGCAUUAAUCAGGCCCUGCAUU